AUGGCACACAAGCAACCACUAGGAUCUUCGGACAUCCCUCCAUUUGAAUCAAACACGCUUGAAGACAUCGCAGCUACCGUGAAAGCGGUUCAAACAACCUUCAAGUCUAAUAGAACUAAGGAUGUCGAAUUCCGUCUGACCCAGCUCCGGAAGCUGUAUUGGGGCUUGAAGGACAACAUCGACCUACUUCGAGACUCUCUGAAGCGCGACUUGAACCGACCAGUUCACGAUGCGCAUAUUUCGGAUAUUGAUUGGAGUAUCUCCGAUUGCAUGUUCGCCAUUAAAAAUCUGAAGACUUGGGUCAAAGACGACAAAAACGUUGACGUUGCUUUGCCGUUCUCUCUUCUCAGACCAAGGAUCAGAAAGGAGCCGCUUGGCGCGGUUCUCAUCAUCGGCACUUACAACUUCCCUGUGCAGCUGAAUAUCUGUCCUCUCAUUGGCGCGAUAGCUGCGGGAUGUACCGCAGUUGUCAAGCCUUCUGAAAAUGCACCAGCAUCAGCCAUGGUUCUCACGCGUAUAAUUGAGGGUUAUUUGGACCCUGACUCGUACAGGAUUGUCAAUGGCGCUGUUCCAGAGACAACUGCUCUGCUCAACGAGAAAUGGAACAAGAUUCUCUACACGGGUGGAGUCAACGUGGCCAAGAUCAUCUCCAAGAAAGCUGCAGAAACACUCACGCCGGUUUGUCUUGAGCUUGGCGGCAAGAAUCCGGCAUUUGUUACCAGUCAUGCAGAUCUUCGUCUUGCUGCAAGGAGGCUUCUGUGGGGAAAGACGCUCAAUGCUGGACAAGUGUGUGUCUCGCACAACUAUGUCCUGAUCGAGAGAGCCCUGGUCAAGCCUUUCAUCAAGUUUCUCCAAGAAUCCUACGUCGAUUUCUUCCCGACAGGUGCGAGAGAAAGCCCCGAUUUCUGUCGCAUCAUCAAUACCCAACACUUCGACCGCAUGAAGAAGAUGCUAGACAGCACGCGCGGUCAGACUGUUUUAGGCGGAGAGACAGAUCGUGAUGAUCUCUACAUUGCUCCAACGGCAGUACUCGUGGAGAGCGAAGAUGAUAUCAUGGUUCAGGAAGAAUCAUUCGGGCCUAUUUGGGCCAUUCUGCCCUAUGACAAUAUCGACGCUGCGAUUGCGGUGGCGAAUGCGACCGAUUCCACUCCCCUUGCCCUUAUGACUUUUGGCAGCCAGGCGGAAAACGAGAAAGUCCUUUCUGGCGUUACAUCUGGCGGCGCAACUCUCAACGAUGCCUUCAUGCACGCCGCCGUUCAUACGUUCCCCUUCGGUGGCGUGGGAUAUUCUGGGAACGGAUCUUACCGCGGAAAAGCCUCCUUUGAUUGCUUCACCCAUCGUCGCACUGUCGCCGAGACCCCUGGGUGGGCUGACAAGAUCUUCCGCGUUCGCUAUAUGCCCUAUCUGGAGUCAGAGCUGAGAAUGUCCCAGUGGCUGGGCGAUGUGAAGCCUGAUUUCGAUCGCGACGGAAGGCAAAUCAUUGGGCUCAAGUCUUUGGUGGGGUCUAUUCUUCGGGUAGGUAGUGACUCGGGAACCGGUGCGCUCUUCCGCUGGGCUAUUAUCGGGGCUGGUGGCUGCUUGCUUUAUGGUCGUCCAUGGGUUUGA